CAGUACUUCGUUCUUUCCGUUCCGUAGCACCGGAGAGUUGUUUGAAUCGGCUUCUUCACCAUCGUCCUCGCCGUCAAUCGGCGUGUCCUUUGCUCUCCUUACCAAACGCAUUUCGUCGUCGUCAUCAACGUUUGCCGCAGAUUGCAAACGCCAGGACUUGAAUUUAUUGAUCGUGGCGUACAGGUUCUGUCUUAAAAAAGUUUGGAUUCAUAAAUUCUAUUGCCCCAGUAUGUAAAUAAAGUGAAUUGAAAAAAGUUGAUAUUUUGCCUCGGAAAUACAAGUGUGGCAUAUAUUUAGGGAUGAAAAAAGUAUAUUUUUUUAGAUUUAAUAAAAUAAUGAUUAUAAAAAUAAAAUUUAUCCCGGAAUAGUAUUUAUCAAAAUAACAAAAUUAUUAAACAUAAUAGCCAAACCCUAGAAAUGUACCCUCAUAAUACAUUAGAACAAAUUUUAAGCAAUCUCACGGAAGUAGUAUUAAUUAAAGAAUAAAUAUAUAUACUGUGCCCCUCGGUCCUUCCCAUGCACACAUCAGUGAGAAGGCCGCCGGCGAUGGAAAAUGGCGGCGGUUCACGGCGGAGGUGGGGGUUCCGACGGAACGAGGAGGUUUUAUCGGCCUCUUCAAUCAGCGUCAGAGGAAUUCUCGGUUCCCUGAUGAAAAAUCUCGACCCGGUUGACCCGAGACCUGUAAUCCCUCUCGGCCACGGCGACCCGUCUCCUUUUCCUUCCUUCCGUACGACGGCCCAAGCUGAAACCGCCGUCUCCGACGCCGUUUACUCGGCUAACUUCAACGGUUAUGCCCAUGCCUCUGGCCUGCUUCCUGCUAGACAGGCAGUUGCUGAGUACCUGUCAAAGGACCUGCCAUAUAAGCUAUCAGAAGAAGAUGUUUACCUUACAGUUGGAUGCUCCCAAGCAAUAGAAGUCAUUCUACCCGUUCUCGCCCGCCCAAAUGCCAACAUUUUACUUCCAAGGCCAGGCUUCCCUUACUAUGAAGCCCGGGCUGCACAUUCAAAUUUGCAACUUCGCUACUUUGAUCUUCUUCCGGAUCAUGAUUGGGAAGUCGACCUUGUUUCUGUUGAAGCUCUCGCAGAUGAAAACACCGUUGCGAUUGUCAUUAUCAACCCCGGUAAUCCGUGUGGGAAUGUCUUCAAAUACCAACACUUGAAGAAGAUUGCAGAGACUGCAAGAAAGCUUGGGAUUCUUGUAGUUGCUGAUGAAGUUUAUGGCCAUCUUGCUUUCGGAGACAACCCUUUUGUGCCCAUGGGAGUUUUCGGAUCAAUCGUUCCGGUUAUUACUCUUGGAUCCAUUUCAAAGAGGUGGAUUGUACCAGGCUGGAAACUUGGGUGGCUUGUUGUCAAUGAUACCAAUGGAAUCCUUAAGGAAGAAGGGGUUAUAGAUGGCAUUGCCGGUUUACUCGAUAUUUCGUGUGACCCUGCAACCUUUAUCCAGGGAGCAAUCUCUGAUAUCCUUCUAAAUACAAAACCAGAAUUUUUCUCUAAAAUUCUGAAUGUACUUAGAGAAGCAUCCAACAUAUGUUACGAAAGAACGAAUGAGAUCCGAUGCAUCACGUGUCCAAGCAAACCCGAAGGAUCAAUGUUUGCAAUGGUAAAACUGAAUUUGGAUCUCUUGGAAGACAUUGUGGAUGAUUUUGACUUUUGUCUCAAGCUAGCCAAGGAGGAAUCUGUGAUAAUUUUCCCAGGAUUCGGGGUGGGGCUCAAGAACUGGCUGCGUAUAUCUUUUGCAAUUGAACCGUUGUCUCUUGAGGAUGGCCUUGGAAGGCUCCAAGUUUUUUGCCAAAGGCAUGCCAAAAAAUAGUUAAUGAGAGUGCAGUGAGACUCAUCUGUGUGCUCUUCAAAUGAAUAAUGUAAUAGUGUGGGG